AUGGAUCUGGAAAAGCGGGUGUCGUCGGAGAAGCCAGCGCCAGUCGACGUGGAUGUCGCCACUGGCGAUGGUGAGGUUUUGAACGCAUCAGGACACAAGCAGGAGUUGGAGCGCAACUUCAGUUUGCUGAGUCUGUGCGCAAUCGGCAUCACAACCGGCAAUGUCUGGGCGGCAUUGGGAGGUUCGAUUGUGAUUGCGCUCUAUAACGGUGGCCCUGCUGGUGUCAUUUACGAGUUCAUUGCUGUAUCAUGUUGCUACUUCAUGAUUGCGGCAUGUAUUGCAGAAAUGGCAUCCUCUAUCCCUUCUUCGGCCGGUGUGUACCACUGGGCUAGUGUGACAGGCGGUGCGAGAUUUGGAAAAGUUAUAGGUUUUUAUGCAGGAUGGUGGAAUGGCCUGGGUUGGAUCUUCGGCACGGCGUCCAUCUCAUCCAUCCUUGCCAACCAAGUCAUUUCAAUGUAUGGCCUGUUCCACCCAGGCUAUGCCUAUGAACGCUGGCACGUCUUCAUCGCCUACCUCAUCAUCACCUGGCUUUCCUGUGCAGUCGUCCUGUUUGCAAACCGCGCCCUACCGAAACUUACAAAUGUCGGCCUCUUCUUCAUCCUAGUGGGCGUGUUCGUCACCAUCAUGGUAUGUGCAAUCAUGCCGAGUCAGACAGGCAAGGGCCAUGCGAGCAGCGACUUUGUAUGGCGAGAAUGGUCAAACCAAUCAGGAUGGAGCAGUGAUGGCUUUGUCUUCUGCGCAGGAAUGCUAAACGGAGCUUUUGCCGUUGGAACCCCUGACUGUGUAUCCCAUCUUGCUGAAGAGCUCCCACGCCCUCGUAACAACAUUCCCAAAGCGAUUCUCGCCCAAUAUACCGUCGGCUUCACAACCGCCUUCGUCUACCUUGUCGCAAUCUUCUACUCGGUAGACAACCUCGAAACGCUCUUCUCCAACCCCUGGCCCUUCCCCCUCGCCGAACUCUACCGGCAAGCCACAAACUCUCAUGGCGGCUCCCUCGGGCUCCUUAUUCUCAUUUUCUUGCCUAUGGUCUGCACAAACAUCGGAUGCUACAUCACCAGUGGACGCAUGCUGUGGACACUCGGCCGCGACGACGCGACACCCUUCAGCAAAUGGAUCGGCAAGGUAGACAGCAAGUGGGAGAAUCCAUUCAACGCGACCUUGGCCUGUGGUGUCAUCAACACAAUCCUAGGCUGCAUCUACAUUGGCAGCAGUACGGCUUUUAGCGCUUUCGUUGGCUCCUUUAUCGUCUUGUCGUCACUCUCCUACCUCGCCUUCAUUGUCCCGAAUAUAUUUUCACGCCGCAAGCAUGUUGUCAAAGGACCCUUUACCAUGCCAGACCCUGUUUUUUACAUAGUGGCGUGCUUGGCCAGCGCGUACAUGGUUGUUUGGAUACCCAUCUACUGCUUCCCAUUUGCGGUGCCAUUCAAUACCACGACGAUGAACUAUACGAGUGCAUUGACUGGUGGCAUUACGAUCCUCCUCGGCGGAUGGUAUCUCUGGAUUAGGAACAAAGGUUAUCAAGGGCCAAGGCGGCUCGUCGAGACAUUGGAGAACGGGCAUGGGUCUGUUUUGGGAACCGAGGGGGCUCCUGGCGACAAGGUUUGA